UUGUCUAUAAAUACGCUUACCCGCUAACACUGAAUCACCACCGGCGCCUUCACAUCUAAGCUGAGCUAGUCUUUUCAUCUCUCACCCUUCUGCAGUUUCUAGUUUUUUUUUCAAUCACAUCAAUGGCAGAUGAGGUUGUCUUGUUGGACUUCUGGCCCAGCCCAUUUGGGAUGAGGCUGAGGAUAGCUCUGGCCGAGAAAGGCGUCAAGUACGAGUACAAGGAAGAGGACCUGAGGAACAAGAGCCCACUGUUGCUCCAGUCGAACCCGGUUCACAAGAAGAUCCCGGUUCUCAUUCACAAUGGCAAAGCCGUCUGCGAGUCCGUCAUUGCUCUUCAGUACAUUGACGAGGUUUGGACUAAUAAGCCACUCUUGCCCUCUGAUCCUUACCUCAGAUCCCAAGCCAAGUUCUGGGCUGACUUUGUGGACAAGAAGAUAUAUGAUCUAGGGAGAAAGACAUGGACAAGUAAAGGAGAUGACCAGGAGGCAGCUAAGAAGGAAUUCAUUGACUGCGUUAAGUUGCUAGAAGUUGAGCUUGGGGACAAGCCUUUCUUUGGUGGUGAGACCCUCGGAUUUGUGGACGUGGCACUUGUUCCUUUCUAUUCAUGGUUCUCUGUGUAUGAGAAAUUCGGCAACUUCAGUAUUGAACCAGAGUGCCCGAAGUUCAUUGCUUGGGUUAAGAGGUGUUUGGAGAAGGAGAGUGUGUCAAAGUCUGUUCCUGACCAGGACAAGGUCUGUGACUUUGUUGUGGAGAUGAGGAAGAAGCUUGGAAUUGAGUAGAUGUGAUCAAUGUCAUUUUCAUCCUGUUCUUGUUCUGGUUUCCAAGAUUGAACCUUGUUUUGGUUUGCGUGUAAUUUCAAUAAAUGGGGACUUGACCAAGCCCUCCAUAGCAUGAAGCACUCUUGUGCCUCUGGUCCUGUUUUCAUUGUCAUUUUCUUCCUGUAGUCAAGUCAUGGAAUUGUUGUCUACUUGUUAUAGCAAGGGCUUACAUACACAGUUUCUUAUUCUAAAUGGAAUUUGUUCUCGAGUACAA